AGGAGAGUAAGCUGUGCUUGUACUUCUUUGACUUAUGUUACAUUCAACAAAGCUGACCAAUUAAAGAUUUUGCAGUCUACCUUUUCAUAGGCACCAUGAUUGGACAGAUUUUUCAGCCAUGUGGACAAAUCUUGAUUGCACUUCUGCUAGUGACUGUUCCAGUUGCUCAAAGCGAGAAGGUUCUUGUCUUUCCUGUGGAUGGCAGUCACUGGGUCAACAUGAACAUCUUGGUUGAAGCACUUCAUGCCAAAGGUCACAAUAUUACAGUCAUUCGGAUGGCAGACAGCUGGUACAUCACAGAGAUGUCACCUCACUACACUUCAAUAAAUCUCAAGUCUGCAGGAGGAUUCGAUGAAGAAUUUUUUGAGACAUUUGCAUUCAGACUAAUGAAAAUUGUGAGAGAAGGUUCACGCUGGAGUCGUUUAAAACUAGAGAUAGAGACGUGGCAAAGUGCUUAUGAGAUGAUCAAAACAGAAAGUGAGAUGAUAAAGAGUAUGUUGGAGGACCAACAGCUUAUGCAGACUUUUAGGGAUGCCAAGUAUGAUUUGCUCCUUACAGAUCCACUCUUGUUUGGGGGUGUUAUUUUGGGCCACUUUCUGAAACUUCCAAUUGUCUAUAAUGUCCGUUGGACAAUGUAUAAUGAAGCUCAUUUUGUAAUAGCUCCAUCUCCACUUUCUUAUGUUCCUUUUAUGAUGGUGGAGUUAUCAGACCGCAUGAGUUUUUUCCAGAGAGUAAAGAAUAUUGUGAUGUUCACCGUAGCAGAAGCACAAGCUGCUUUGCUUUUUGCUCCACAUUAUGACGCACUUUGUGAACAGUUCAUUGGCCCAGGAGUCUCAUUUCUUUCCUUAGUUCAGGGAGCUGAUCUGUGGCUCCAUAGAGUCGAUUUUAUUUUCGAAUAUCCACGUCCCACUAUGCCAAAUAUUGUCUACAUGGCAGGUUUUCAGUGCAAGCCAUCAAAACCUCUCCCACAAGAUCUGGAGGAAUUUGUUCAGAGCUCUGGUGAUCACGGUGUCAUCAUCAUGUCUCUGGGGACUCUCGUUGGUCAGCUUCCAGAUGAUGUGGCCGAGGCAAUUGCUGAAGCUUUUGCAGAACUUCCACAGAAAGUCAUCUGGAGGUACAAAGGAAAGAGACCAUCUGCACUAGGAAACAACACCUUAAUGAUGGACUGGAUGCCUCAGAAUGAUCUUCUGGGUCAUCCCAAGACCAGAGCCUUUGUGGCACAUGGAGGAACCAAUGGAGUUCAAGAAGCCAUCUACCACGGGGUGCCAAUCAUUGGAUUUGGCCUGAUUUUUGACCAACCCGACAAUCUUGAAAAAAUGAGAGUGCGAGGUGCAGCCAACAAUGUAGACUUUGCCACAGUGGAUAAGGAGUCCUUCCUUAAAACGGUCAAAGAGGUUCUUUAUGAUCCCUCUUAUCGGGAGAACAUGCAGAGACUCUCAAGGCUUCACAAGGAUGUUCCAGUGAAGCCUCUGGACAACGCCAUCUUCUGGAUUGAGUUUGUUAUGAGACACAAAGGUGCCGCUCACUUGCGCACAGAGUCAUACAAAAUGCCCUGGUACUCUUAUCACUCUGUUGAUGUCAUUCUGGUGCUGAUUUCUGCUGUGUCACUCAUAAUCCUGACCAUUUAUGCAGUUAUCAGAUAUUUCUGCUGCAGAAUAUGCAUGAGAAAAACAAAAAUCAAACUUAAGUAAAUUUGCUUUUUUAUCACUUGAUUUUAGUAAAUCACUUUAAUUCAAUCAUAAAUCUAAUGCAUUUAAUGUAAAACUGAAUAAAUAUUUAGAAGAACUGGCAAAUGUAGUGUUGUGUUUUCAAGAGCAAAAAGAACUUGAAAGGGUUUAGUCUUACAUGUGUGUACAUUAGUCACAACAACGACGUAACACACAUUUGACAAGAGUAGACGUGAAUUUUCACAUUGCCCAGCCUGUCUGGGUACCAACUAUAUGUGUUGCAAGCCAAUUUUUUUUAUUUUAAGUCCACCAAUGCCAACUUAUUGACUGUAAUAAAGGUUUACCUGAUAGGUUUCCCAUUAUACACAGUAAUGGGUCAGAAUAAUUUUCUUUCACUGUAGUUUGCCUUGUGAUUAUUGAAUUAUUGUGGAUGAAGUGUAUCGUGGUUUAUAUUGAUGUGCAAUAUUCAAAUGUUUAAAUAAACAAAUAAAUAAAGAUCCUCUAUAUAUCUGA